AUGUCGUCGGCAAAAGCAGAAAACCAGAACACCGUCUCUGAGAGCACUAUCCUCCGGGUCUAUAACUAUGAGCCCGGCACCAAAUCUAUCAAACAGAAGAAGACCCUUCAAAUGCCUAUUGAGCAAGAUUUGAACAAAAUCACUCUUGAAUUCAUCCGCAGUCUUCUUGUGCAGAAGAAGGUUUUCGAUUCGCCUGAUGUGACGACUCCUUUUUGCGACACCGUUGGUGCUGAGAUGGAUGAUAGUAUGACGUUUAGUGUGUAUCUGAAUCAAUUGGAUGAUGAAGAGGAUGCAGGUAGCGGGAAAAACGAUAAUGAUAAAGUUGAGGGGGAUCAAGAGAAUGAUCAAAAUCAGACAACCAGCAAGUCCAAAGAGAAGGGAACAGCUAGCUCCGGUGUUAAUUUUCUCAAAGUUUACUAUAAAAAGAGAAAGGUACAGCAAAACUUGGAAGACCCUGCUAAGGAGUUUCUCAAGAAGCAACUCGAUUUGAAACUCCAGUCAGCGCCAGAACUUAAAGAUAUACGAGCAGAACUCCUGUCAUCUGCUUUUAAUGCUGACAAGUGGAGGGCAUCCGCAACCGGCAAACGAUCGGUUGCAGCAAACUUGAACGAGAGGGAUUGGAGUGUCAUUACAAGAACCAAUUGCCUCUUGAGCGGAUAUAAACUUGCAUUCGAGCCUAAACCGGCCAAGAAAAAUGAAAAGGGAGAGGUGGUGGAAAAGGCCCAAACAAUACCCAUAGGCGUUGAGCGGUCUCCUUAUAAUGCGUUCAGAUUGAAAGAACGAAUUUUUGACGAUUAUGAAGUUGCAGCGCCCCCGAGUAAAGCAAUUGAUUCAAAUGAUUCCCAAGGUGUUAAUGCACCAUCUUUGAGGUUCUCGUUUCGAAUCCCGAGAUUUCAAGUCGACGACUCCUCAUAUGUCAAUGUCAUUGAGACUAGUACAGCAUUGCAGUCAUCACUAGCUAAAAGCUCAUUCUCCAAUUCAUCUGUUGAAGCCUCUGCUGGUGGCAGCUUCUGGGGCGUCUCAGCGGCUGUGAAGGCUGGGUUUCAACAGGGGCGUCAGGAACAGAGCCUGACGGCAAAAUCCGAUAAAGAAGAUAACAUCCAUAUCACAUAUAACUUUCCGCGAGUGACGGUAUUCUUGGACGCUAACUCGCUUGAACUUACACCGGAGGUCAAGAAAGACAUUGCCAAGGUAAAAGACCAACCGUCACUUGAGAACUUCAGAGAGAAAUACGGCGAUGUUUUCUCACAGAGAGUCAAACUUGGUGGUAAACUUACAUCCUCCACCCACAUCAAGUCAAAAUCAGAAUCAGAACAGUCAAAGCGUGAAAACCAGCUCAAAAUUGCCGCCGCUGCGUCUUUCUCUGGGGGGUAUGGUUCAUUUUCCGCCGAAGGUAGCUCGUCUAGUGGAGAACAGAAGGACACCGGCACGGACAAGCAAGACUUCUCUAGCACUCUGUCCUGGGAAGCCACUGGAGGGGACACCACUCUGUGUAACGAUCCACCAAAGUGGUGUUCCACCGUAGGCUCCUUUUACAAUUGGCGCAUUGUGGAGCAUGAUGCCCCCAUAGCACUCUCCAAACUCAUCAGUACCUUUGACGGGUUUGAGGACUUUGAAGAGAAAAUUGAGCGAGCCGCUGGAUACGAACCACUCGAGACCGGCAAACACGUAUAUAUCGAUGUCAAACUCUUCGAGACAACUACAGGAUUGCCCCUUAUUGCCUCAACUACAAAAAACCCGUUGGCACGUGCGGUUGAAAAUAUUAUCCAGGCAUAUCCAAAUGAGUCCCCGUCUUUCGGGACUUCCAAGGAAGAUCUUCAGCGACAAGUUUCUUCCGGAGGGGUCAGGAUUGGAGAGGACCAUCACGACCCCGGGGCGAUCUGGACACUGGCACGUUGGGCCAAAAAGGGAGAAGAUAGCAAGCAUCAUCCCUACGGAGUAAAGAGUUAUCUCUUUAAUAAAUCAAUGCGCAAAGGUGCCAAGUAUCUCGGUGUAACCGAUAGCAUUUCACGAACCGAUGCUUCGGGUUUUCUAUACCCUACUAGCGAGUCCGAAAAAGCGUGGUUCACCUUCCAAUCCCCAUACGGCAUACCACCCAAAACCGGUUCUAUACUAACAAAUGAUGUUGUUGAGCUUCGGGUGCGAGAUAAAGGGGAUUCCGCGGAUCUGGGAAUUCUGAUGAAGAGCGCAUACACUGGUCAUGAUGAGAAGCUCAGUAAAGUGAUCAAUGAGGAUAUCCAAAAAGUUCCGGGUUUUGUGCCACGAUUAGCUACUGGUAAGAAGAGCCAGGUAGUGAAAGAUGGGGAUCAAAGGUUUCUUCAAUUUAGAGUCGAGGUUGUUGAGUCUUGA